UUGCUAGUGUGGGAUGUUCGGGUGAGUAUGACAGUGGUUAAGAAUCCAGGUUAUGGAAGCAAAUUCACAAGUGUCCAAAUCAUGGCACUACUACAUUCUUGGGUUAUCUUGGGCUCUCGACAAAUUCAUUCAACAAAUACUUGGCCGAGCACCUACUAGUUGCUGGGCAUAGCUUUAGGCGCUGGGGAAAGAAUGAACGAGGCACAUAGUCUUUGCCCUUGCAACUUCGGUUUCCUGGUUUCAGAGGGCAGCGUGAGGCUGUUGGCCGGCUGGGACCCGCCCAGACAACGCAGGUGCCACCAGCUCCUAGACCCCUUGCAGCCCAGCAGCCGCCCGCACCGCUUGGUGGCUGCGUCGGGACCCUUCGCGCUCCGCUUCCGGCCUCCACGCCUCACUUCCGGUCGGCCACUCCUUCCUUCCGCUUCUCUGUGGUGCGGGAGCUGUGGGAAGUGGCUCGCUGGCCGCGACAGGUCGGGGUGCAGUGUGGUGUUUAACAUUAUUAACCACUUGUGUACCAUCUAAAGCCCUGCUCUCAGAUCAUCUUCAUCACCUGCCCCAGUGGAGCGCCUCCUGCGUUAAUGUCCACAGCCACCUCUGAGGUCUCUGCUGUUUCCUCCUGACUUCACCAAACAACCAUGUCAUCGGAAUCGAGCAAAAAACGAAAGCCCAAAGUGAUCCGAAGUGAUGGAGCUCCAGCUGAAGGGAAGCGUAAUCGUUCUGACAUUGAACAGGAAGGUAAAUACUACAGCGAGGAGGCUGAGGUGGACCUGCGGGACCCUGGCAGAGACUAUGAGCUGUACAAGUACACGUGCCAGGAGUUGCAGAGGCUCAUGGCGGAGAUCCAGGACCUGAAGAGCAGGGGAGGCAAGGAUGUGGCAAUUGAGAUCGAAGAUCGGAAGAUCCAGAGCUGUGUGCAUUUCAUGACUCUAAAAAAGCUUAACCGAUUAGCCCACAUCAGGUUGAAGAAAGGAAGAGAUCAGACUCAUGAGGCCAAGCAGAAAGUGGACGCCUAUCACCUGCAGCUCCAGAACCUGUUGUAUGAGGUGAUGCACCUGCAGAAGGAGAUCACCAAAUGUCUGGAGUUUAAGUCAAAGCACGAAGAAAUCGAUCUGGUCAGCUUAGAGGAGUUUUAUAAGGAGGCUCCUCCAGAUAUCAGCAAGGUGGAAGUCACCAUGGGAGACCCUCACCAGCAAACCCUUGCACGUCUGGACUGGGAGCUGGAGCAGCGGAAAAGGCUGGCGGAGAAGUACCGAGAGUGCCUGUCCAACAAGGAGAAGAUCCUUAAGGAGAUUGAAGUAAAGAAGGAGUACCUGAGUAGCCUCCAGCCUCGUCUCAACAGCAUCAUGCAGGCUUCCCUACCGGUGCAGGAGUAUCUGUUUAUGCCCUUCGACCAAGCUCACAAGCAGUAUGAGACAGCCCGACACCUACCACCUCCCCUCUAUGUCCUCUUUGUCCAGGCCACUGCGUAUGGGCAAGCCUGUGCUCAUAUGAAAUCCUCCCAGCCCCCUAGACAGGAUAAGACGUUGUCUGUGGCGAUUGAAGGCAGCGUGGAUGAGGCCAAGGCUCUGUUCAAGCCUCCCGAGGACUCCCAAGAUGACGAGAGUGACUCGGAUGCUGAGGAGGAGCAGACCACGAAACGCCGGCGACCCACACUGGGAGUUCAGCUGGACGACAAGCGCAAGGAGAUGCUGAAGAGGCACCCGCUGUCCGUCAUGCUGGACCUGAGGUGCAAAGAUGACAGUGUACUGCACCUGACUUUCUACUACCUCAUGAACCUCAACAUCAUGACGGUAAAAGCCAAAGUGACAACUGCCACAGAACUGAUCACCCCCAUCAGUGCAGGUGACUUGCUGUCUCCUGACUCAGUACUGAGCUGUUUGUAUCCUGGGGAUCAUGGAAAGAAAACUCCAAAUCCAGCCAAUCAGUAUCAGUUUGAUAAAGUUGGCAUCCUGACUUUGAGGGACUACGUACUUGACUUAGGGCAUCCCUAUUUGUGGGUGCAGAAGAUGGGUGGCCUCCACUUCCCCAAAGAGCAGCCCCAGCACACUGUGAUCACUGACCACUCUCUGAGCGCCAGCCACAUGGAGACCACCAUGAAACUGCUGAAGACCAGGGUGCAGUCCCGCUUGGCCCUCCACAAGCAGUUUGCCUCCCUGGAACACGGCAUUGUGCCAGUUACCAGUGACUGCCAGUACCUCUUCCCUGCAAAGGUUGUCUCUCGCCUGGUGAAGUGGGUGACGAUUCCCCAUGAGGAUUAUACGGAACUGCAUUUUACCAAAGACAUCAUGGAGGCGGGACUGGCUGGGGACACCAAUCUCUACUAUAUGGCACUCGUGGAAAGGGGCACAGCUAAGCUCCAGGCUGCCGUGGUGCUGAACCCCGGCUACUCCUCCAUCCCACCCAUUUUCCAGCUCUGUCUGAACUGGAAAGGGGAGAAAACCAACAACAACGACGACAAUAUUCGGGCCAUGGAGAGUGAAGUCAAUGUGUGCUACAAGGAGCUGUGUGGCCCCUGGCCCGGCCACCAGCUCUUGACGAACCAGCUGCAGCGCCUGUGCGUGCUGCUGGAUGUCUACCUGGAGACGGAGAGCCACGACGACAGCGUGGAGGGGCCCAAGGAAUUUCCCCAGGAGAAAAUGUGUCUGCGGCUUUUCAGGGGCCCCAGCAGGAUGAAGCCAUUUAAAUAUAACCAUCCUCAAGGAUUCUUCAGCCAUCGCUGACCUCCCACUCAGCCUGUUGUUUCCCCCCAGACCCAACUGCUGCGCCUCUGCUUUCUGCUCUGGCGCACAUGUGGCUCUUUUUUUUUUUUUUACAUCUUUAUUGGAGUAUAAUUGCUUUACAAUGGUGUGUUAGGUUCUGCUUUAUAAUAAAGUGAAUCAGUUAUAAAUAUA